CCCGGCCCCACGCGCAUGCGCGGUCGUGAAGGCGCCGCGGGGCGGAGCGCGGCGAUGGCGGCGGCGGGUGCCGUGCGCCUACUGCUGAUCGGGGUGCAGCUGGUGGGCCUGUGUGGGGCUGCCGGCACCGCGACCGCCACUCUGCCCAUAGUCAUCAACACUUGGGCGUUUAGGAAGGCCACAGAGACAGCAUGGAGAACGUUACAGUUGGGUGGUUCUGAGCUGGAUGCUGUUGAGAAAGGUUGUGGUCAGUGUGAGAUUGACCAGUGUGACGGGAGCGUGGGAUAUGGAGGAAGCCCAGAUGAAAGUGGAGAAACAACACUGGAUGCAAUGAUUAUGGAUGGCAACACUAUGGAAGUUGGGGCAGUUGCAGAUCUCAGACAUGUGAAAAAUGCAAUCGGUGUAGCACGAAAGGUCAUUGAGCACACUAAGCAUACAUUAUUAGUGGGAGAGUCAGCCUCCCUGUUUGCCGUACGCAUGGGGUUUCCAUAUGAAGAUUUAACUACCCAAAGAUCUCUUUCAGUGUUUUCAAAGUGGCUUAAUCAAAGCUGUCAGCCAAACUACUGGAAGAAUGUGGUACCAGAUUCUUCAAAAUCCUGUGGACCAUAUAAGCGGCUUGAAAAAGUUUCAUUUGAUGAAGGGACCAUUUCACAAAGAAACGUUCAUAAUCAUGAUACUAUUGGUAUGGUUGUAAUUGGUAAGAGUGGAACUGUUGCUUCUGGGACAUCUACUAAUGGUGGCGUCCACAAAAUUCCAGGCCGUGUAGGAGACUCUCCAAUAGCUGGAGCAGGAUCCUAUGCCGAUAGUACAGCUGGAGGAGCUGCAGCUACUGGGGAUGGUGAUACCAUGAUGCGCUUCUUACCCAGCUAUCAAGCAGUGGAGUAUAUGAGGAUGGGAACAGACCCAACAAUAGCCUGUCAGAAAGUUAUUUCCAGGAUUCAGAAGUAUGUUCCAAAGUUCUUUGGUGCCGUUAUAUGUGCCAAUACAACUGGAAGUUAUGGUGCUGCAUGUAAUAAAAUUCCAGGAUUCACUCAGUUUCACUUCAUGGUUUUUAGCCCUCUGCAAAGUCAGCCAGCUGAGCAAGUAGUAGAUUGCAUUUAAUUUCUUUUACCCUAUUAACAUCUAAACUUAGAGGGGGAGAGUGCUAAGAUUCCUAAGGCAUCACUUUUUAAAAUGUUUCUUCAGUUUCGUUGUUUCAUAAUAGUGUGAACAAGUAUAAAGAUAUGUUGAUGUGGAAGCUUCACUGUUUUUAGUGUGUUCUGUUCUCAUAUUGUGUAGUGCCUCACCACUCUUUCAGUAAAAAAUUUCUUCCUAACAUCUAA